AUGCCAGAAGCACGUCCUGCUCCUGGCAGGUUGACUGGAGUAGUGUCUGGGCCAGCUGAGGGAAUUACACCAGGAGCCUUUGGAGGAAGAACGACCGGACUUUCUAUGACUUUUUCUUCUGUAGGACACGUCUGCUCUGUCGGCAAGCUGGGAGAGAUGGCCAAGCGUAGGCCUGCAGAGAACGAGCCAGCGAACGAGAAAGAGAGACAAGCUUGGAUCGCUGCGCAUUGGACCGUUAUGAUAGGGCGGACACUAUGCCAUUCGGCUCGUGUGGCUAGCCAAGUUUCCUACAUCCCUUCGCCCAUCCCGCCAUACACCAGUGCGCCCAUUUCAACACCCCCUCCGCAGUUCCACCACUCUCCGCCACCCCUCCUUCAACCAGACCAGGCUGAGCUGGAAGAUGAUAAUGACGAUGCUGGGGCAAAGGCGAAAACCGGCCUGCAAUCGGUAUCCUGGUCAAAAGAGCGAGCUAAGAAUGAAAGUGGUAAAGAGCCAAUGACUCCCGGCGUCGACGUUGGAGGCGGCCUCAGCUUCAUCACCACUACUAGCGAGCCCCAGCAAACAAAUGUUACCGGCACACCAGAGGUUCGGACCACUUGCAUGGUUGCAGUAAAUGGGACUUGA